GCGAACAAGUGGCAACGCGAAGCGGUAAAAAAACGGCGCAUUGCUAGCGGUAAACAGCGCUUGUUAACGGUGUAUUAAAUACUCUGGCUUAGUGUUUGAUUUAUUCAGUGAUGUGAGCGCAUUAAAAGUGAAGUGUGUAAUUGAAGAGUUGGCGUGAAGGUGUGCGAGAAAUAAAUAAAUAAAAAAAUACGAAAAAUAAAUAAAAAUUAAAAUACAUUUUGAAAAGUAAAAAUAAACUUAAAAAAUAAAUUGAACGAAACGCGUUUUUGAAACAAUCCACACUAAAGUGCAGGCUCUUAAUUUUUCUGCAACAACUUGAAAAAUAAAAUUAUUUUUGCACCGUAACCAUAAUAAAUAUGUGAUGUGCAGUAAAAGCUGUGAAUCAAAUCCUUACAAUGAACGCUUUUUGCCUAUUUAGAGGCGCAUUGAAUUUAUCAGCUACAAAGUUUUAAUUCCGAGUGACCCAAUAAAUAAAUAAAUGCAUGCAUAGACAAUCAAUAAAUAAGACAUAAAAAAUGUAGUGAAUAAAGUGGAAAUUGAAUGAGAAAAAAAAAACACCAAAAAAGAGAACAGAAAACAAAUUGCAACAAAUUGUAAAAUGCGCUCAAACGCAGUGGAUCAGAUAAGCGAGUGAAGCGAUUGUCGAUUGUCGAAAGCAAACACGUCCAUUUCCGGUUGAUUUAUUGCAUGGGCACGCAACGCGUUAACAUUGUUCUUUAAUUUUCGUAAAAGACUGCUAUCGACGUAAUCGAGUGUGCUUCGGUUUUUUUUUGGUUGUUUUUUUUUCGUUCACGUUCCAACAGUCCUUUUUAGCAAGUUGUGUUUUUUUUUGCUCUUUCACGGCUGCGCUUAGCUUUUUCGGUGUUUUUCACAUUCCGCUGGAAAAGUGCAAACUUGUGUUGUUAUUUCAACUUCCCAAGACAUAAUGCAUAAGAGAACAAGUAAAAAAAUCGUGUCAAGCAUAACAUAAAACGCGAACUCAAAAAUCGUUAAAUAAAAGGAGUUUAAUAACUACUGAAUAACGCAUCGCUCGUCCGUCCAACCGCCUAAACCAGUCUAAAUGUUCCCGUGGCGGCGACGACGGCGGUGCGUAAAACAAAUGCAACAAACACGUCUGUUACUGCAACUAAAAUGUCGGACGUCGAAAGAGCACGCAGCGCAACAACGACAACAAUAAAUACAGCGGCAUCGACAGCAGCAGAGCAAGCAACCAACGAGCAACAACAACAGCAGCAACAAUACAAACAGCAAACUGCAACUACAACUCCAGGCGCAACGGUGAAAUUACAACAUCAACAACUCUAUCACAAUCAGCUCUAUCAUCAAAAUCAUCAACAUCAGCAAUAUAGUAAACCCACAGCGGUAGCACAGCAACGCCAGCAGCAACAGCAACCGCAACAACAACAACCCCAAUACCAAUUGAUUACCACAGCUGGGGGUGAAUUUGGCAACGGUGAAAACGAGGCAUCCUUCUUUGGCGGCUGCUUUGGUCUGGUGCUGAAAGUACUAUUCUCGCCUCCCGGCCUGGUGGCGCUAGUUGUUGUCUAUUCUAUGCUCGGUGCUUGCAUUUUUCCCCUGCUCGAAGCGCCACAGGACAUUAAUACUUCGGCGGCAAUUGCAAAGAGUAGAGAGGAGUGCUUACGUGAGCUGUGGAUUAUAACGGAAAAACUGAACGUCCUUUACGAGCGUAACUGGUCAACGCUGGUGCACGAACAACUGCGACGUUUUGAAGACUCAAUUGUGGCAGCGACACGUCAUACCAACAACAGCAGCAGCGUCGGCAUGUUUGGUAGUAGUACAACAGCGUUGCGGCGCUAUGGCAGCGCAUUUGAUACGACAGCAGAUGCGACAUUAAUGCCCACACAUUGGAGCUUCGGUGAGGCGUUGCUCUACUCAGUGACUGUGAUAACGACAAUCGGUCAUGGCAGCUUAACACCACGUACGCCUGCCGGUAAAAUCGCCACCAUUUUAUAUGCCCUCAUCGGUGUACCGCUCAUGUUGAUGUGCCUCUCCAGUUUGGGCGCGCUGCUGGCUGAGGCGCUGCAAUGUACCUAUGCGCGUAUCUGCUGUCGACUAGCGACACAUCAGCAUCAUCACCAUAAACACAAUCGCCAUCAUCAUCAUGAUGACGACAAUACUGAAAAGAAGAAGCAUCCACCACAGGAUGAUCACUAUCAACAACAAACACAUCAGCUGCAUGUGACAGGCGAAAAGAGCGGUCAUUUGCUGGAGGCAGCUGCUGGCAUUGUGGGUGGGCCUAGCAGCGGUGGUGGUGGUGGUGGUGCUGGUAAAUAUGCAAGGCGUUGUAGUGCGGACAGCUUGGAUGAUGGAGUGUUGCUGAAGCGAGGGCGCGCCGACUGUCAGCAAGAGAACGGACGUGAGUUCGAUUGCAAAAACUGCAAAUAUGAUGCUCUUGUUGGCGAAGCAAAUCCAAGCAACAGUUACGAUUACAAUGGCAGUGGAAAUAUUGCUGGCUGUGGCACUGAUUCUGGAGACGACUCCUGCCGUCUGCUGCAAAAUUCACCAGCGAAAUUAAAUCAAAAUCAAAUGUUGACUGGAACGAAAAUCAAUGCACAAUACUAUCAGCAACAGCAGCAGCAUCAUCAACCGCAGCUACAACAGCAGCAGGAACAACAAAAGAGACCAGAUGUUAUGUUAAUGGCAAAACCAGCUAUGACAGUGCAAAAACAAAUGCAGCAACAAUACCAACAGCUUUACAGCCGUUCAGCCACACCAUCACCGCAACAUUUUCAACAGCAACCACUACAACAAUUGCAACAACAAACAUCAACACCGCCCCAUGGCCUGCAAACAUUCCACAUCGUUUCGGCAAGCUCAUCGCCAACACACCACCACCAGCAGAGUCAACAGCAUCAACAACAACAACAACAGCAACUGCCACAGUCGACACUCCGCCAAUAUGCAACACUGCAGCCGCAUCAACAUAAGCAGCAACAACAACAAUAUGUGGCUGUACCCAGCGGUGCUUUGGUGCGCUUUCAGACAACAACAGCAACACUCGCUGCAACGGUAGCCGCAUCAGCGCUCAGUGGCAACAGCAAUAAUUGCACCACCGAUGGCAAUGGUAAUGUUGGUAUAGGUCUUGGUGCAACACUCAUCGCUACUGGCAUGUCCGGCAAUUGUUUUCAAACGGCGAAUGUGCCGCUGCCUGGAAGCACAGCCACGGCCACAAUUUACUUUCCCAUUGCCACUGCCGCACAUACACAGCAGCAACCCACCUAUGCGUCGAUUACGGGUGUUUCCGUUGCGCCGCCGGCGCCGCUGCCCCCAACAGCAGCAAACAGCGAUGUGAUGCUACCGACAAAAACAAUGGCCGGUACCAGCUCCGCAGCCGCAGCCGCAACGCAAUUGCUUUGCAAUCAGCCGAUUGUGAAAUAUCACACCAUACAACGGUCGCAGGUGAGAAAACAGCAACAACAACAGCUGCUACUAAAGGAGCCAGUAACAUUGCUAGGUAGCGCAGCUGAUGUGAUGCCGUUGCCGCCACCGCCAGCAUAUCAGACGGCUACCGUGCAUGGUAUUCGUCGAGCGAAAUUCCUCACAAAACCUCUGCCACCGGAGAUCAGCACAUUAGUAGCCGGCGAACGAGAUAUAACCUGUAGACAUGAUUUAUUAUUACAACAAAACGAUGGCAGUGGUGGCGUUAGUUGUGGCAUAAAUGGUGGAAAUAAUUCAACAAAUACUGCCACAACAGCAACACAAUCGGCUACAACAACACCAACCACUUCAACAUUGAAUGCAACAAAUGCAACUUCCAUUGCGAUGCUGACAGCUGGAUUGACAGCAACAGCACCAGCAACAGCAACAACAUCAAUAGCGGCGGCGACGUGUAGCGGUAAUCCGCCAACAACAACAGCAGUUACCACACAAUUGGGUGCUUUGAUGUCGGGCCCAGCGUCGAUGGUUGGUUCGAAUGCAACUGUCGACAUAAUGGAGGAUGAGGAAGAGCAUGAACAGCAGCGUUUGGGCAAUUGCCCACAUGGUACGCCAUCACGCGUACCGCUCAUCGCCGGCGGUGGCAACAGCACCAGCAGCAGCGGCAUGGGCCAAAACAACAGCAACAGCACCACGCAUACAGAUGAUCAGAGAGGUGCGCGCAGCCUCCUAAACGCUACCGCUGCAUCCUUUCAUCGUCACACCCUCAAUACAUUCCAACGUAACGCCGCGUUACGCAAAUCCGCCAAUUUCACCGCCAUACGCCGCGCUGGCUGCAACGUCCAUACGACAAGCCAUCAUAGAAGUGGGAAAGUGAGCAGCUGCUAUGGCGACACGGUAACCGAUGAAACCUCCGACGAUGGGGAGGACGCAGCUUACAUGCAACGCGAUGCGACGCCAUCCGAACAAUUCCGCCUCACAAAACUCAACAGCAACUGCAAACAUAAGAGGAAGCAUCACAGCAGCUGCGCGCACACGGCGGACGAACAUGAUUACUGCGAUGCCAGCGGUGCGUCCACUGACGAUGCAGAUGGCGAUGAAGAUGCCGCCUCAAUGACAGACCCCGACGACGCUGGCCCACAGGUGCCCAUCAGCAUUGUGCUACUCAUACUCAUCUGCUAUAUUUGUUUGGGUACUGUGAUUUUUGCUUUCUGGGAGAAUUGGUCCAUUGUGGAUGGCGCCUACUUUUGCUUUGUCACCUUGGCCACCAUUGGCUAUGGUGACUUUAUACCCGAGCGUACUUUUCAUGGGCCGCAUGUGCAGCUCUUUGCUUGUUGCGCUUAUUUGCUGCUCGGCUUGGUGUUGGUCGCCAUGUCUUUUAGCAUACUGGAGACACAGCUGAUGUGGAAGUGCAAACGAAUUGCGGUGCGACUGAAGUUGGCCAAUGAUUGAUAGUGGCGUAGGAUGUUGUGGUGGCGUAUAAGCGCUGGAGUGGUGGCGCAAUUUCUGUAGAAUACAUAGAAAGCAGGGAAAGCUUAUAAACAAUAAGCUAUGAAUAUGUGUAGCUGCAUAAGUAGAGGAUAAUUAGUGGUUAUGCGGGAAAUGUAAAUAUGUAUGGCGUAUAAGCUCUUCUAAGCGUAAAAUGUAAUAUACAUACAAAUAUAAGUAAAUAGACUUUUAAAUGACCGUGUUACUUAUAUAGGAAUAUUUUUAGUAAAACGUAGACGUAAGCCAAAAACGUUCAGAUCCUUCAUUAUUUGACUGUUCUUAGUUGCUACUUAGAAUGACGUAUUAGCUAACCUUUGGUAGUAGUUUCAAAUACUUUACAGCCAUACAAAAUAUCUGAUUCUUCUACUUCGUAUUUGGCGUUGUAACCGCCUAAGCGAUUUGGCCGAGUUCAACAAAGCACGCCAGU